AUGGCAUCUUUCCCGUUCUUGUUCCUCCUCAUUCUCAACGUUCUCCCUCAUGUGGCACGAGUAAGGGCCGCCUGCUACUACCCAGACGGCAGCAUCGCCCCCAAUGAUACACCAUGCCAGGACCUCACGGCUGAGUCGACGUGCUGCGGGCAGGGCUACGCGUGCCUCUCGAACGGAAUGUGUCAGGCGACGGGCAAAGAGUUAUCCAAAGACGGGGCAACGGAGCUCGUGAGGGGAGCGUGUACCGACCGGUCCUGGCGGAGUUCGAGUUGUCCUCUGUUCUGCAUCAACCCGGAGACGGACAAUGUGGCGGGUGGGAUUGGCAUUGCAAAGUGUGACGGGACCGUUGAGGAGUUGUACUAUUGUAUUAACUCGGUCAUGAAUACGGUCAACUGCACGGCCAAAAAGAAUGUCUUAUUCUUCCAGCAAUCACCCACUGCCAUCACAACAAUUGGCGCGGCGGCUACACCAACUCCUUCAUCAUCGUCAACAACAUCAACGUCAAUCGCAACAACCGCUAUUAUCGCGCCUUCUGCCAACCCUUCGAGCGCACCAAACCCGAGCUCGGUAGCAGCAAGCAGCGCAACCCAAAGUCCACAAAGUAGCCCGACAAGUAGUCCCGAACCCAGCCCCAACGUAGAGCCGGAAGCAACAAAUGAUAAGACAGUCAUAAUCGGCGCGGCUGUAGGUGCUUCCGUAGGUGGUCUUGCGCUUGGGGUCCUAGCGGCAUGGCUGUUCAUCUUCCUCCGUCGCCGGAAGCGCCGUGCUCGAGAAGAGGCCGCCGCCAAUGCCCAGGCACAGGUGGAACAUUACACACCGGGGCCGCCGCUUGCUCAAUACGUCAGUCCGCCUGUAUUUGAUCAGGUUUACGAGGCACCCAAUGAGUGGAAACCUCCGUUGGUCUCGGAUCACUUUGCUCCUCAGGAGCUGCCUGCGUGGCAACCGGAGCCUCGCAGAAGUUGA